UGCUGUUCUUGCUUUGCCAAUGGAUGCCGAUACUGAGACGUUUUCACCAGAGACGUUGCAGUCCAUCUUCAAGCUGGUAUGGAAAGACUCCAACACCAAAGCUAGUAAAGAUGCAUUGACAUUGUGCUGCGAAUUCUUUCGUUUGUUCGUUUCCGAAGCGGUGCAACGCGCAGCCGAGCAGACGGAAGUGAAUGAUUCCGUACAAGAGAAUCGUAUUGAAGUAGAACAUUUGGAACGUAUCCUGAAUCAGCUCAUGUUGGAUUUUUAAUAACGACGCGAAAAUCACCAUAAACCAAAAAAAAAAGGGGAACAAUAAUUAAAU